AUGGCAGACUAUGACCAAAGGCCGCGCGGAGGCCGCGGGGGAUACAACCACCGCAAAAGAAGAUACAGAGAUGAAGAAGACUACGACCGACGCCCACAGCGCCGCCGCUACGAGGAACCCCUCUCCUCCCGAGUUCGCAAGCAAUUGCUCGCCAUCGCCGAAGUGCCUGUCAAGCGCGUCGAGGAUGAAGUCCACAGCAUCGCCAAGACCGUGUGCGACAACUUCGAGGACGAGGAGCUCAAGGAGAGCUUCUACGAGCUUGUCGUCCAGCUGGUUGUCGAGCAGCCGUUCAAGAUCCCCUUCGUGGCGGCGGUUGUGCUGGUUGCGAAUACGAUGCGGAAGGAUGGAGAGGCGGUUGCCGAGGAAGUGCUUAAAAGGACGGUGCUGCGAACGAAUGCUGCUAUUGCGAAAGGCGAGUGGAGGGAGACGAAGCUGCUGAUGAAGUUCUUGGGGAGCUUGCAGGGCUUGUUGGAUGGGGAGGGAAUCUGGACUGUUCUGCAGGAUAUUUUGACCAAGGCAGUGGAUUUGCAAACGGAGAAUAAUGAGGAGACUAUUGGCCCGGAAUUGGUCAAGAUCAUUCUUUUUACUAUUCCGUAUGUUAUGGCUUCUUCAGCAACGGACAACCAGGACAAGGCUGCUAGUAUGGUUGAGAAUACGGACAUCAUUGCUUCGGAACCGCAUGUUUUGCAGGCGCUCGUGGAUCCAUAUCCCGGAAAUGGAAAGGAGGAAGCUGCUUCACCGACGGGUGUAUUGAUGCUAUUGCAGAAGCAAUUGCAGAACGAAGCAUCGACUGGAUGGGAACUCUCAUGUCUUCCGAGACCGUGGAAGGGUGUCUUCGAGGAGGGUCGCGAGGACGUCUUGGUCGAAGCACCAAAGCACACCCUUCCUGCGAUUAUCAUCCCCGAGAUCGUCAGCAAUGGUCCAAGACCGCUUUUCCCGGAACUUUACUUCUCGGUCUACGCAAACCAAGAUGUCGAAACUGUUGCACCAACAUCUGACAUCGCGUCAUGUUUGAUCAGAGACGCUAUUGUUGAUACCAUCAACAUUCUGGACUACAACAGAAAUGCUACCGCACGCUUUUUGAUCGAUAUCGACUGCUACUUCUCUCCAGGGACCUUCGUCAAGAGAGCUACACCGUUCGACAGACUUCGAGAUAUUGAGGGUGAUCGCUCGACUUGGAAGCCAGAAGAUGUUGCAGUUGAUGCGGUGUUCUCCCAGCUCUUUCAACUGCCAGCACCAGAGCACAAGUUGGUGUACUACCACUCCGUCCUGACCGAAUCGUGUAAGAUUGCACCGGCUGCAAUCGCACCCAGUCUCGGCAGAGCCAUCCGUUACCUGUACCGCAGUGUGGAUUCCAUGGAUCUAGAGCUGAGCUACAGGUUCAUGGAUUGGUUUGCUCAUCAUUUGAGUAACUUCGGAUUUACAUGGAAGUGGACUGAAUGGAUUGAUGACGUGGAGCUGCCGUCGUUGGAUCCGAAGAAGGCGUUCAUUGAGGGUGCGUUGGAUAAGGAGAUUCGUUUGAGUUUUGCUCAACGCAUCAAGGGAACUUUGCCUGCUCCAUACCAGGCUUUGAUUACCGAGGAGAAGGAGAAGGACACUCCUGACUUCAAGUAUAAUCUUCCAGAUACUCCGUUCGCUCAGGAAGGUCAAGAAAUCAUGACUCUCCUGCGUAAGAAAUCCCCAGAAGAUGCCAUCCAACCUGUCAUCGACCGAAUCCACGCUCAAGCACUCGAGAUGAAGCUCGGCGACGAACUAGUCUACUCAACUGACGCCUACGUCACAGCCAUCUGCUACAUUGGCUCCAAAUCCCUCUCCCACGUCCUCUCCUGCAUCGAACGCUGCAAAGAGCGUCUUUUAGCCCUCGGCCCCACCUCGCCGGCAGCCCGCAAGCAGAUAAUCGACAGUGUAAUGGAGUACUGGAAAGACCAACCCGGAAUCGGCGUCAACAUCGUCGACAAGCUCCUCAAUUACACGAUUCUCAGCCCAGCCAGCGUAGUCGACUGGGCACUUUCCAAGGAUGGCUCCCGUUUGGGCCAGGCCCACGUCUACGAAAUGAUCUCCGCAACUAUCGGCAAGGUCACGAAUCGCGUGAGGCAGGUCGUCCGUGCAAAGAAGGUCCCUGGUUUACUGCCUGAGCAGAAAGCCCUUAUGGAUGAGACGGUCGAGCGGGAGAGAAAAGCUAUGAAAGAUCUCUUUGAUACGAUGGAGGACCAGCUUGUUGCUUGGGCGAGUGGAAGUAAAGACCAGAUGGUGCAGAGUGGUGAUGCUGGUGGGCCUGAGGAUCGCAUGAUCAAGCAGUGGGGCGAGCGAUGGCUGAGAGUUUUUAGACGGAAGAUUGCUGUCGAGGAGGCAUGGGUGCUGGAGUUUGAGAGUCAGAAGGUUGAGGAGUUUGUGGGUGCUGUGGAGGCUGGCACAGAGGCAGGUGCGACUGUUCCCGCGGCCAAUGGUAAUGCUGAGGGAAGUGGAGUUGCAAUGGUUGUGGAUGAGGUUGAUGGUGGUAUCUCAUAG